UUGACACAGCACUUUCAGGCCGAGGUGCGUGAGUACGCACACAGACAGGAUUAUAAUCAGCGAAGGACAAUAAAGGAUUAAAAGAGAGAAACACAACAUGAACAAUUGACGGAGGAGAAACUGGAGAAAAGAAACUAGGAGAGAGGAGGAAUUAAAGCAGGGAUCAUGAACCUCUGGAUGGACCUUCAGCCUUGAUCAGCGAAAUUUUGGAAAGUGAUUUUCACACAAAGAAUUCAAAUUACAACCAAGUGUCAGGACCUAAUCUGCAGGGCCUCUUCUCCAUGGACUAAACCCGACCAACAUCGUAAAACCUAAUGUUUUGCAUCAGUGCAGAGUCCAUCCUCCCACCUGUGCCCUUUACCGCCGAUCUUUGGUGUCAUGGGAACAAGUAGAUGCCACAGGUACAGCAUUGUGUCAGACGUUUUGCCAGAGGACGAACGCCAGAAGAUCUCCAGCUUGGGACUCCACAACGGCCACAGGCAGAACUCGACCUGCGACUCAGAAGCAGAGGACAAGAGGAGGAGGAGGAGGUCCGGAGCUGGGAGGGGAGAAGGAGGGAUGAACAACUACAACGGGAAGGUUCUCACAAGGGGCUCCAGCCAAAUACGGAGCCGGUUUGUUAAGAAAAAUGGGCAAUGCAACGUGGUGUUCACCAACAUGGAGGAAAGGAGCCAGCGCUACCUAGCGGAUAUCUUCACCACCUGCGUCGACAUCCGCUGGAGAUACCUGCUGCUUUUAUUCUGCACCAGCUUCAUGGUGUCCUGGCUGUUUUUUGGCAUAAUAUUUUACAGUGCCUCUCUGGCGCAUGGGGACUUUGAAGAGACACCGACACUGAAAGGUGACGGUCAGGCAGUUGGUGGCCUGCAAGGGAUCACAACUGGACACACAGCUGGAGGGCAGGCUCAAAGGAUUCCCUGCAUACUUCAUGUCCAUGGAUUCGUCGGGGCGCUCCUGUUCUCCAUGGAGACCCAGACCACCAUCGGUUACGGCUGGCGCUGUGUUACGGAAGAGUGUCCCGUCGCUGUAUUAACUGUGGUGAUUCAGUCCAUCGUAGGUUGCAUCAUUGACUCCUUCAUGAUUGGCACCAUCAUGGCCAAGAUGGCUCGGCCAAAGAAGAGGAACCAGACCCUCGUGUUCUCCAAAAACGCUGUCAUUGCAAUGCGCGACGGCCGGCUGUGCCUCAUGUGGAGGGUGGGCAACCUGCGGAAGAGCCACAUCGUGGAGGCUCAUGUCCGCGCCCAGCUCAUACGUUCAUAUGUCACCGCUGAGGGCGAGUUCCUCCCCUUGGAGCAGAUGGACCUAAACGUGGGCUAUGAUGAGGGCACAGACCGGCUCUUCCUAGUGUCUCCUCUGGUUAUAGUCCACGAGAUAGAUAAAGAUAGCCCCUUAUAUACUCUAAGUCGAGCUGAUCUGGAGGCAGAUGACUUUGAGAUCGUCGUGAUCUUGGAGGGGAUGGUGGAGGCGACGGCCAUGACCACCCAGUUCCGUAGCUCCUACCUCGCCAGGGAGAUCUUCUGGGGUCACAGGUUCGAGCCGGUGAUCUACGAGGACCGAGACCGCUACAAGGUGGACUACACUCGCUUCCACAAAACCUACGAGGUGCCGUCGACGCCCCAUCUCAGCGCCAAGGAGCUCGACGAGGCCGCGAGCGAGCCUUCUUCUCCCACUACUCCCGUGUCUGCGCAUAGAUCCACACAAGACUUGAACAUCAGGUCGCUGAGCGCCUUCUGCUACGAGAACGAGGUAGCUCUGAGCUGCGGGGAGGAAGAGGACGACAUGUUCGGCUCUCAGAUGGUAGGGAAGGACAGGGCGGAGGAGAGGAGGACUUCACUUUCUAUUGACCUACAAAAUAUGUUCCACGACACUGCGACCAUGACCUCAGACGUCAUGUGUGUUCUGGACAUGGACAACAACCAGAUGGAGUUUGACAUUCUACAAACCGCCAUUCCUCUCGACCCAGUGACCUAUAAGAGUGAUCAAGAGAUUUAAAGUGUCCAGGAUGAGGAUACAUUCACCCCUAGAGCUGGACCUGAAGACGGUGAUUUUCUAUUGCUGGUAUUGAUGGUUCGGCUUUGAUACAGAACAGAAACUCAAAUCCCCUUUUUUGCCUUUUCAGUCUUAUUUUCAUGGAGACGGAAAAAAGUAAUUGAAGACAUUUCUUUGUGGUGCACAACAUAAAUAGUCACUAACAAAGUGUUGUCUUGCAUAAUAGAUUGAGUUUUGACAGUAGGAACUUUCUGCAGGGACCAGGAACCUUUGGGGAUUUUGUUUCCACUGCAGGGACUGUGGUCUAAAUAAGAUACUGGGGAAAUUAUUUUACCCCUGGCAACCUUGACCAUUUUCUGAUUGGUCAAGUCAGCGUCUGCAAUAGCUGGUAAAGUCUUUCUUUUUACUUGAAGCUAUCGGCUCGGAGGCGAUUCAAGCCAUGCUUCUGAGCUACUACUUGGCAAAUAGGGUCUGUGGGUGAAAACUGGACUAGAGAGUUGUAGAGUCUGGUCAUGAAGCAAAAUCCUGCAGGUAAUAGAUAUUCCUAUCUUUUGGGAAAGUUCUUGUAGAUGAAAGGUGAAAGUUCAAGGGACCAAACGUUCUAGGAACCUAGUUUAGAAAUGCAGCCGAUAGUUUGCAGGAUUAAAAAUUUACUUGAUUUAAAUAAAAGUUAAAAUUUCUCUUGAUGUAAUCAAGAUAUGUGAAAGAAAUAUAAAUUAUCAUGUAAUCAUUUUUUUUUCUUAUUUUUAGGAAGAUUGAGCACACGCACAAAGUCUGCUUCCCCCCAAAACUCAAACACCUCAGAUUAUAAAGGUAUAAUACUGUUUAAUGUGUAGUUUCAAUAAUUCAUUCCAAGUGCAAUCGAAAGGUUUAAUUGAGAGAUUUUCUGUCUUGAUUUAAUGUAGAGGAAACACCACUGCGUUUUAAAUUGUAUGUCAAUAGUAUUUUGAGUUGUAACUGAGACAUUUGUUAUAGUUACUGCUAUAGAUCCUAAAAAAUAAAAGUAUUUAGUGACAUUAUCUCAAAACUUUAAAUUAGUUUUUCUCUCUUUCUUUCUUUGUGUUUUUUAAUUUCUUGGUUUGUUUCUUGUGGAGGUCUCAGCCCGUGAUAACAGAAACAAAACUAAGAGAUGGCUUCAAUUUACUGAUUUUACUGAAUUUACUGAUUUAUUCAUUGGAGUCUGCAGCUAGAUUGUUGAUGAUACGAUGUGAGGUGAUGUGAAGCUCUGCUGGAAACAAAGGGAUGAAGGUGAAGUCUCUGUGAAUGUGCGAUAAGUCAGGGAUGAAUUUGAGUGUAAAAGUUUGUGCACGUGCACUGACAUUUUCAUCAUGAUGCAGGAAGACGUAAAGCAACAGUGAACCUCUGCUGUGUUAAAUGAUUUCUCCCUGUUACUUUUGAAUAGGACCACCUAAUAUUAUUCUUUAAAGAUUUAUUUUUCUAACUUUGUCCCGUAUUUUGUGUGUUUGAUUUUGUAUUUAUGUGAAUGUGUGGGAGGCAGACAUUCAAUGGUAUUAGAUGCAACAAUACUUUGUCUAAGUGUCAGGGAAGACGCAGAAACAGAAACAUACACUAUCAGCCAAGAUGAAAGUUAUAUAUAAAGGUAAAUACUCUUAUUGACUCUUAUUGGACUUUGAAUUUUACUGCAUAUCAGUUUCACAUUUAAAGUCAUAUACUAUACGUGAUAUAAACAUAUACCUUCACAUACGUACAGUACGUACACAUACAAAAAACAAGACAAAGAGGAAGAGUUAUUGUAAAUAAAAAUAAAUACAAUAUCCUCAUAACACUUAGUGCUACUCAACACCUCCCUCAUCCCUGUACUUCUUGAAAAUUAUGUUUUUGUACCUCAUUUUAAACUGUUUCAGGUUUGGACGUUGCUUUAACUCCGUGAUGAACCUGUUCCAUAAUCUCACACCACUGACUGAAACACUUUUCAUGGUCGUACGAAUAAACUGAAUUGAAUAUUAAAGUUAAUUUUUCCUUAAAUUAUAACUCCCCUUAUGAAUACCGAAUAAUGUCUGUAUUCUGUAUAUCAGUCUGAUCGAACUAAGCAGUGAGAAAAUAGAUUUCAGGGCCUUUAAAGAUAAAAUCAUUCUUUAAAAUAAUUAGUUUCUGUGUUUUUCCUGCUUGAAGAUCUGAAUCAGUGCUUUUAGUGCCUGAAACAAUUAAGGAAAUGUGUGCAUCUGCUCUGAUUUUAUUAAAUUUUAUUAAUGUUAAUCCAGACUCUGAAACACAACGCUGAGUGGCCGUCCAUUUAAAAGUCUGUACUGUUAGACUGUGUGACACUUGAACUUAUAAUAACAGCUAAAACACUAAAUCUUGGAGAGAAAAAAAUGAAUCUGAAGCACUUUAUUCUUCCUUGUACAUCUUUCAUGUUUCAAAUAAACAUUUAUAUCGUUUGGACUGUGUCAGAAAUUUGUGCUGGAAACACAUGAGUCUAAUGAGACAUAAACAGACUCCUCUGCUCAGUCUGUUAUCACCCUCUUUAACCACUAGAUGCCUCUAAAGCUGUUUCUAUCAGAAAGUUCUGAGCGGAGCAGAGAUCUGAUCAGACGCAGCCUCAAAACAGGUGGUUAUUGUGUUUCAGUUGCACCUGUCAAGUGGUUGUUUGUGUUCUACUGGAAGUUGAUGAAUUUGUAAGACAGAAAAAUUACUUAUUACACAAGUGAUCUUCUAUACCACUGCUUUCCUUUACAAUACUGAGUAAAAUUCAGGCUGGUAUCCGCGAUACCGAUCUGAUACAGAUACUGUGUGUAAAUCUUAAAAUCAUAGCUUCAUAAAUAAUACAAGACAUUAGUUACUGUCCACCGUGUUCCUACAUUACCUCGAAUGAAUAAAGUAUCGAAAGUAUCGACACUUUGAUUUGAGAAUCGAUUUUAAAGCAUACGAUGUGGUAUCGGAAGUAUCGAUAUUUCAGUAUCGACACGCACAUCACUAUUAAAGAGCCCCAUAAACCUCCGUGUUAAACUUUACAGUACAAAUAAACAUGUUUAUGACUGAUAUUAAAAAUAAAUAAAUAAAAUGUUUUGGUCUCUAUAGCAAAUUUCUCUUCUCCACUUGAUGAUCAAGGCUGAAAGUAAUGCAUAAUGUGGCUAACAGUGAGAAGUGAAAAUUACAAAGAACUCUGCACUAAGCUACAAUGCAUUAACGUACCGUUCACCUCCACCAUUUCUAAAAAACAAAC